AAAAAAGAGAGAACCAUUUAUUAAAGCAAAACCAAUGGCAUGGCGCUUUGUGUGAUAUGAAACUUGAUAUCUUUUUCGUCUUCAACCUCUCCAUCCUCUCUUAUUCCUUAUCUUAUUCUUGCACAACCAGCAACCAACCAACCAACCAACGUUUACCGGAUUUCCCUUUCUUCCCAGUUCAGCUCAUCUCAUCGUUCAAAAGGAAUCAAGGGACAGGAAAGAAAGCAAAAAUGUUUCGUGUCAGGUCCUUAAUGUCGUAACGUUACUGAAUAUCAAUCACAUUACGGUUGGUUGGGGAUUUAUCUGUAAUUUGAACAAGAACAAUAUCAAUGUGGGUCUAUAUUUGUGCAGUAGUUUAUUGCUACCAAGUAUAUCUCUGAGAUUGAGAUUCGAUCGAUAUUAUACAUGAC